AUGUUCAAGAAAACAAUUAUAGGAAUGAUUCUCAGCGAUGGCUCGCUCGAACAAAUGGGUAAACAUGCUCGAUUGAGAAUAGAACAAAAAGACCAGAGAGCUCUCAUUUGGAUAAGAGAAGUGGUAAAACCACUUUUUGCUUAUGCAAUCGCAACCUUUACACUUCCCUAUUUCACUGAGCUUCGUAAGGAGUGCCGUAGAUGUCCAGCUGCCUCGGUGAUGCAUCUUAACCUUUUU